AUGGAGUUCGGCACUCGGGAAUAUUGGCCCGACGGGACAAAUGUGGAAAAACCAAAUAAUACAACAAGCGACAGAAGUUUUCUACGCGAUUUAUCACCGGGUACAACUAAUAAAGUAAGUCUUCAAACGCCGAUAUGGUUUUAAACAAACUGAAGCGUUUUAUUUUAGCUUCAUAAUUUGAUAGUGUAUAUUUCUACAUUUUAUUAGCUAUUGGUUGGUGUGGUCAUAUCAAAGCUUUCAGUUCAUUCAUUUCCAGAUAAAAGAAGUGAGUAUUUUAGCGCUAGGAUUAGGUUUGGUGAAUUUUGGCAUUUAAAAACGGAAUUUUGGCAUUUGAAAACGGAGUUUUGGCAUUUGAAAAGGGAGUUAUGCUACUUGAAAAGGGAGUUCUGCUAUUUGAAAAGCGAGUUCUGUUAUUUGAAAAGCGAGUUCUGGUAUUUGAAAAGGGAGUUCUGGUAUUUGAAAAGGGAGUUCUGGUAUUUGAAAACGGAGUUUUGGCAUUUGAAAAGGGAGUUAUGCUAUUUGAAAAGGGAGUUCUGGUAUUUGAAAAGGGAGUUCUGGUAUUUGAAAAGGGAGUUCUGGUAUUUGAAAAGGGAGUUCUGGUAUCUGAAAAGGGAGUUCUGCUAUUUGAAAAGGGAGUUCUGCUAUUUAAAAAGGGAGUUCUGCUAUUUGAAAAGCGAGUUCUGGUAUUUGAAAAGGGAGUUCUGGUAUUUGAAAAGGGAGUUCUGGUAUCUGAAAAGGGAGUUCUGCUAUUUGAAAAGGCAGUUCUGCUAUUUGAAAAGCGAGUUCUGGUAUUUGAAAAGGGAGUUCUGGUAUUUGAAAAGGGAGUUUUGGCAUUUGAAAAGGCAGUUCUGCCAUUUGAAAACACAAAGGUCUUCUAUUUUGUAGCUUUGAAGUUUGCUGGGCUUCCAGACCAUCGUAUCUUGACGGAAUAUGAAUACGAAAUGAAUGUCAGUAUUUAAUAUGGAAAUUGACCCCAUUGUUAUUUGUUUUUCUCUAGAUCCGGGAUGUAAUCGUUAUUCUCUGGGUUUUACACUCCGAGAUUCUCCAACAGACUUUGUCAAUGUGACAUGCUGGGGAAAUGAUACAUUUAUCAACGACAUUGCUAAAUCUUUCAAAAUUAACGAUGUUGGUAAGAUUGGAUGUUUGCGUAAGUUUGUGUAUGUUACCACUAUCCUUACAAAAAAUCUAUUUCGAUGUUUUUCAAUGCUGUAGUUGAAAUCCGCAACCCUCAAGUAUCGCCAAAACAAGGGAGUGAUUAUGAACAGCAGUGGAAGCCAUGGACUCCAAGGUACACGAUCUUCAUAACAUGCCCCUGGCCAUUGAACGAUCAUCAGAACAUACCCCUGGCCGUUGUUUAUAACAAUUUGGGGCCGGUUGUUCAAAGGUGGAUUAGGCCUAACCCUGGGUUAAGAUUUAACCUGCUGUUUUAGUUUAUGUAUUUCUUCGCGUCAAAACUUCAGAGCAGAAAACUCCUACUGAUCCAGACAAGAUUUCUAAAUAAAUAUUUAUAAACAAGUUGUUGGGAAGUUUGCUUUGAGUUUUAGGUUAACCUAGGGUUAAAUUAACCGGCGUUCGAACCAUCAUCCCAUGGAAACUAACUCAAGGUUUUACUACAAGGCAUUUUUUAAUACCAUGGACUAGUGGGGCAUUUGCCCCACUGGGCCCCUUCCUCUGCCCCACCACAGAAGAAACAAAAAUGGCCUAUUGCCCCAAAGCCAGGGCCCUAAGUCCUGUAUUGAGUAAAUGAGUUUAACAUUGAAAAGAAGUUUAAAAAACAAAAUUUGUUGGUGAUUAUACUUGUGUUAUGUUGUGUUUGAAUGUUUAGCAUGCAAUUUAUUACAAAUUUCACCAUUAAAACUUUGUUUUGAGAAGCUAAGAUUUUUUUAAUGUGAAUGCAGGAAAUGCUAUUUCAGAAACCCAAAUUUUAAAAAUUUCAAGGGGGGCAUGCCCCCAGACCCCCCUAGCUAACUCGUGCCUGCGAUACUCGGCUCACACCUUCGGGGAUUGCAUACUCUCCUGGGGGGAGGGCAAGGAGAAAAUGGGCCCUUUGGCAGUUUUGCCAAAGAAUCCUUAAAACAUGAAGAAUCCUUAAAAAAUGCACUGAAGAUCCUUAAAAAAUGCACUGUUUUAAUAUAUUGAAUGAAUUAUGAUUUUUUCUCUAGUAAUAUUCAGCUGAACGUGAGCGAAGCACAUUCCACAGUUUCUCUGUACAGUGGCUGGGAUCUGAGCGACAUGAAUGUCCUUAUACAUACUCCUGUGAAGGAACAUGGUGAUUACUGCGUUAUUGAUGAUAUAUUGUCUUCAGGACAGAAUAUCCAUGGUGAUCAUAUGAAUGUCUUGGUCGCUGUUAAAAACGUAAGAGCGAUAAAUCCCUUGUCAUUUGAGGAUGCUCAACUCUCGCUCGUGUCUGAUGAGAGUUUUUGUUCGUUUGACCAGUGAUAUCCAGUCAACUCUCAUCAAGUCUCAUGCAACUCUUGUUCUCGUUUGACCGGGACAUGAGAGUUGACAAAACUCUCAUAGAAACUCUCGCUUCUCAACUCUCAUCAACUCUCAUGCAACUCUUGUUCUCGUUUGACCAGGGUAUGAGAGUUGAGAAAACUCUCGCCUGCCAACUCUCAUCAACUCUCAUGCAACUCUUGUUCUCGUUUGACCAGGGUAUGAGAGUUGAGAAAACUCCCAUACAAACUCUCGCUUAUCAACUCUCAUCAACUCUCGUGCAACUCUUGUUCUCGUUUGACCGGGGUAUGAAAGUUGAGAAAACUCUCAUGCAAACUCUUGCUUCUCAACUCUCAUCAACUCUUGUUCUCGUUUGACCAGGGGACACGAGAAUUGAUGAAACUCCAAUGCCAACUCUCGCCUGCCAACUCUCUGACCAGGGCUUAAGACUUGUUUUGGAUGAUCCUUACUGGACCUCCAGGGGGAAGUGUUUAGAACUGGUAGAGCACCUAAUAGCAAACAAAAAGUUGUUAUUGAAAAUGAAUGCUUUCAAUCGCAGGUUGCACAGCCGAGAGACCUCAUGACAAAACGUGGAAAACAAAUCCAGAAAUGUGAAGUUCAAGUAUUUGACGAGACGUGUAAUUCGUUCUUAAUGACAAUGUACGUAAAAUGGUAUUUAUGCAAGCACAUGGAGCAUGUAGACUCAUGCAGAUCUUUCUUUUCAGAUGGGAUGAGAAUGCAAUUGAAAUGGCAAUGUCGUGGAGCCCUGGGGAAACAGGUUUACACGGACUGAUAUAUAUCAUACUCGAAUAUUGAAUGAAUAAAUUGAGAAUUGUACUAAAUAUUACAAUAACUAACAAAUCUAAGAGGGUCUGAAUGGGUUAACUGACUACUGACAUUUGCCUGAAUUUUUUACUGACAACUGACAAAAUAUCCUAACUAACUGAGAACUGAGAAAUGAUGAAAAAAUGAUGAGUUAGCAUUUUGCAGUAACUGACUACUGACACCUUGCAAUAUACCGCACUGACAACUGACAACUGGCUUAAAUUUUAGCUGACAACUGACAUCCAAAGACCCCCAUUAAGACCCUCUUCUAACUUAAGAUAAUGUGGCUUGCUAACUUAAAAUAGGGAGCGUGCUGUGCAAUAUCUGUAUCUAUCUAGAUCUGUGUUGCUGUAACAAUGCCUUUAUCUUCUUCAGUGUUGUUCAUCGCAGAUUUGAAAAUUGUUUAUGAUGACUACAAGAAAACGAUGGCAUCGGUCUGUGGCAACAGGACAAUCAUCACUGUCAAUCCAGGUAACCAAUAUGUUACCAUAUAUUCCUUUCAAACUCCCUUAACUUGCCCGGUGUGGACAGACUAGCAUUUUCUGAAAUAUAUCUUCACACGAGAUACACCACAAUCAUUACAUUCCUUAAUUUUGUAUUUCCAAUGAUGGAAGAAUCUAUUUCUAGCUCUGCUUAUUAUAUAUUUCUAUAGACAUAAGACAAGCUCAUCAACUAUAUAGUUAUGCACAAUCUCCAGAGAUUCUGAAUGGACUUAUUAGUGAAAAUAGUGGAGGAGAUUAUGGCGCAGGAUUUAAUCGUAAGCAUCGAGACUUUUGACAAAAUGUAGCGGUCAUUAAACCUCCUGAAAAAGUUAAUCAAUCAAAAUCGCGUAUUUUAAAAUUGACUGCUAUUUAACUAUUAACUUACUGGUUAAAAGGUUUUCAGGUAGUUCAAACCAGACCACGAUAGCUUACUGUAACAAUAGCUUACUGUAACCACGGUAGCUUAUUAUAGAACACUACCUACCCUAUCCCUGGACCAAUCGAUCAGCGGAUACCCCUCCCAUAUUUGAGAUCUUUUUCAGGUAGUUCAGACACAAACCACGGCAGCUUAUUGUAGCAUACUACCUACACUAGACCUCCACGUUUGAGAUAUCUUUUUCAGGUAGUUCAGACACAAACCACGACAGCUUAUUGUAGCAUACUACCUACACUGGACCUCCACGUUUGAGAUAUCUUUUUCAGGUAGUUCAGACACAAACCACUGUAGCUUAUUGUAGCAUACUACCUACACUGGAUCUCCACGUUUGAGAUAUCUUUUUCAAGUAGUUCACCGAACCCACGCGUGCCUAACUAUUACUGAUCGAUCUGCUUACCGUUAUAGCUACAUCUUUUGUACUCUUGCAGUGGAAGGGAUUACGGAGGUGUAUUCUAUAGAGAAAAUAAAACAGACCAUCACUAAAGUUGCCGGAGACACGUCAUCAGAUAACAUCAAUGGCAUAGUGUUUGCUUAUCUCACCAAGUUCAACAUUGAUGACAAUAUUGAUAAUAUCUUAGCAAUGAGAUGGUAGGUAAAGUAAUUAGGAGCUGAUAUUCAUCAUUCCGUUCAACUGCAUGAGACCAGAAUUGCAAAGGAUGCAAGACAGAUACAAUCAUGUGGGGAAGCCUUAGGGGCGGACAUUAGAAAGUGAUGGGCGGGGGGGGGAUUUCAUCUUGUACGAAAUCGUUGUGUAGUGUGACCUGAGCUUUAGUCUCAACAAUUAUUCACGCUAUUUAAUUUAUGUUUCUUCUAGUAAUAAAUGUAAACGUCGAGUGAACAGUCUCACAGGUCAAUGUGAUAAUCCAACAUGUAGCGACGAGAACCACAGUGAAUCACAGCUCACCUAUAACCUACUGGUAGAUAUAUCUGAUCACUCUGGUACAAUCAUAAACUGUCGUAUGAUGUCCUCUGCUUUGGAAACUGUACUGGGCUAUCCGGUAAGUUUUUGUCAUAAAUUUUGUAUACGGUUUGUUCAUAAAGUCGAUGUACAUCUAAAACGAUCAUUGGAACUCAGGCCCUUACCCCAAUGAUCGGUAAACUCUAGUGUGGUAUUGAUACAUCAUUGAACUUUAUUUGUUUCUAAAGCCUGAUCAGUUUCAACAACUACCAGCAUCGGCAAUAGCGGAAUUCAAGACGAAAUAUUUACUGGAAAAAUGCAAGAUUUAUUUCAGGGUAAGCGUUGCAAAGGAUGCACUUUUUGUGUUUCCAACCCCCCCCCCGCCCGCCCUCCACUCUUUCUGCUUCCUUUACGAUUCACCGUAUGCCUGGGAGGAAAGAUCCCCCCUCCCGCAACUCCCGUACCCACUACCACCUAUACUUCCUAUGGCCUAUACACACACAGCCCACCACCACCACUCUUAUUCUCAUAUUAUCCUACUAGAUUUCCAAGAAUACUCGAAGCAAUUCCGUGUUGGUUCUCUCGUGCGCUCUCGCCGAUCCGGAAGAAAUCGCAGAAAAUACAAAACUGUGA